AUGCCUGGACAUGACCGUAAUGGGGCAUCGCCGGCUACGUCAGACCCUCGAGAGCACGCGGCCGAAGAUGUAGAAAAUAUCGAAACCCCGGGACUUGACUUGCUCUCACUCUCCCGAGCUGUCAAGGCUAGGAAGACCGAAUAUACUGAACGACGCACCGUCCGCGUGAAAAUUGGAACGUGGAAUGUUGCCGGGAUCCCCACCACCGAGAAGGACAUUGGGAAGUGGUUUGUCCACGGACAAGGGGUGUGUGAAAGUUUUUCCGGUCUAGAGGGUACGCAACUCGAACAAGCGACCUCAAACACCGACCGGGCUUCAACAAACGAGGACCAUCCAAAAGAGAAGUCUUUUCGAUACAGCCCGGAGGAGGUGGAUCUCUAUGUCCUUGGAUUGCAGGAGGUUGUGGACAUCUCCUCCGCUACCGGGGCUUUUUUCACUGAUCCCGGCCCAUCAAAACGUUGGAAGGAUGCCGUCCACAAAGCAUUGCCCACGGGGUACCAGCUUGUCGAGGAUAUCCAACUGACGGGUUUACUCCUUGUGAUCUACGCCUCCCCUGCCAUCGCUGAAAGUAUUUCAUAUAUUAGCAGCACGUCCAUCGGAACUGGUUUGAUGGGCUAUAUGGGAAAUAAAGGUGGUGUCGCGACGCGUUUAGUUCUAGGUGAAACCACUCGCUUGGUCUUUGUCAAUUCGCAUUUAGCUGCCGGCUCUGACAAAAGCAGUCUGGAACGACGCAAUUGGGAUGCAUCUCAGAUUUUAUUACGAGCCAAGUUUGAGCCCGUUGGUCUGGCUCCAAAAUCCCAAGAGACAUUCGACAUUAUCGGCGAUGAGGAUUUCACAUUUUGGUUUGGUGAUUUGAAUUAUCGACUUGAUGAUAUCCCUGGCGAUGAUGUGCGCCAGGUUCUUGCCCGUCAUACACUCAAUGCAUAUGAUACUGCGCGGAUGGAGAAGAGCAAAUCGGCCAGUCGUCGGAGUUCACUCACAGGGUCAGAUGACAGUUCUGUCUCUUCAUCGGUGCCUCCCCGCAGCGAGGAACCAGAACCUGUUAGCGAUGAGGAAAUCGAUCCACACAAUGAUCCUGCAUCUCUACAAACAACAAUAUCAUCACUAGUUGUACAUGAUCAGCUUCAUACACAACAAAGAAAGGGAAUUGCGUUCCACGAAGGCUGGCGAGAAGGUCGAAUUACAUUCUUACCAACGUACAAGUAUGAUGUCGGAAGCGUGGCAACAUUUGACUCUAGUGAAAAGCAUCGUGGUCCCAGCUGGUGUGACCGCAUUCUCUAUCGUUCUCGGCAGGACAAAAUCAAGCAUGAACAGCUUGAUCGUGAAGCACAGGAGGCCCGAAAACGCGACCAGGAGAUGCAAGCUUGCGGGCUCGAUAAAGCUGUCGCAGAUGAUAACGUCCUUUUUGAUUAUGAUCCUGAGGUCGAUGGUCUGGAUGCUGACGUUGACGUGGACGAAUACGAUUCGGGAGAGGAUCAAGAUAAGAAUGACUCCGUUUCGUCCGAGGAAUCAGCACCGGAUUCCAUCUGCCUCGACCACUACGUCUCUCAUCAAGGCGUGCUUUCAUCUGAUCAUAAACCACUAGAUGCUGUCUUUACGUUAACAUUUGAUGCGGUGAACCCUAGUCUCAAGGCUAAGAUCCACCAAGAUGUUGUCCGUCAAUUAGACAAAGCGGAGAAUGAGGCCAGACCUGGUCUAACGGUUGUUGUGGAUACUCAUCAAGACGACAAGGAAGUACAGCAGGAUUCGAAUACUGUUUAUUUUGGCGAUGUGCCAUAUGACAAGCCUAUUCACCGCUCUCUCACAAUCGCGAAUACUGGCGGCACCGAGGCGAAUUUCACAUUUGCAGAAAAGCCAACUUUCCACGACGACCCGAAGGCCGAAUCGCCCGACUGGCUUGAUGUCCGCGUUGAGAGAACUGGAGAUAGCCACCCUGAGCAAUCGACUACUUCCGUCAGCAGCCAUACUCUUCUUCCCGGGGAAGUGGCCAAUGUCACUGUUACGGUGCAUGUUCGCUGUAUUGAACAUGUCCGUCUACUCAACCUCAAGAAGCUCAAGUUGGAGGAGAUUCUUGUACUUCACGUGGAUAGUGGUCGAGAUCAUUUUAUAUCCGUCUGCGGACGUUGGCUGCCGACAUGCUUUGGUUGCAGCGUGGAUGAGCUCACACGCAUGCCCGAAGCCGGCGCCCGCAGUCUUGCCCCCGGCGACGCGUUCUUACCCUCAAAGGAUAAUACAGAAGUGCGUUUAUCUGCGCCCCGUGAGCUUUUCCGUCUCACAGAAGCCAUCUCCGAGUUGACGGAGCGUGCUGUAGCUGAAUGGAGCAUGACAAAUGACGAGGCGGAAGAAGAAGCCCCAUGGAUGAAAGAGCCAUCUGGCAGCGCGUGGCCUUUCCAGCCUGAUACAUGGGUUUUGAAAAACCCACAGGAUCGUGCAUCUCUCUUAGAGCCCAUUCGUCAAUCGCUUGACUCCAAUGGAUCCUUCACGGCUAUUUUCCCACCCGAAGUACCAUCGAUUCACCGUCUGGAAGUUCUUGCCCAAACUCUUCUUGCAUUUCUAAGCUCUCUCAGUGAUGGCAUUGUCACGGCUGCGAUUUGGCAGGAGAUGGAACAAGAUAUGAUAGCUCGCGAGAAGUCCAAAGCAGUGCCUCGAUCCUGGGAAGAAACUCAAGCAUGGGUCUUGGAGAAAUUGGCUUACUCUCCAGCGCACAGCGUUUCAUUCACGUUUGUGACUUUUAUGCUUGCCCGGAUUGUUAACGAAGUCGCACCUGUUCCAUCCAUACCGUACUCCGGAAAAGAGAACACCACAAUCGAACCUGGGACGCAUCAUGCUGAUGAUGUACAGCGGAAGGAUGGAACUAAUAAUCAGGAACCAAUAACCACAGAGGACGUUCGGCAACCACAUACACCGACUUCCGCCUCUUCAGCUGCUUUCGUCUCUGGGGGCAGUUUUCGCCGCAAAAAUCGAUCGCAAACCUCAUCUGCGGGCUCGGAAUCUACCAAUAAUACCCCAACUAACAACUUCACCGCAGCAGCACGUCGGCAGAAAGUUGAGUCUGAUCUGGCUUGUAUCUUUUCUCUCGUGCUCAUCUCCACCGAAGCACCUAUUCCUGCGAAGGAUAAAGAGAGGCGUGCCUCUGAUGAGCGUAAACGCAGCGUCAUUGAACCCUUUUUGAAAAUGAUCGGUGUGGACGAUCGUGGCCCGUCAGGGGGUCGAUAA